AUGUCUGAUAAUACGCAAAAACUCUGGGGUGGUAGAUUCACCGGUGAGACCGAUCCAUUGAUGCAUUUGUACAAUGCGUCACUGCCAUAUGAUUACAAGAUGUACAAAGCAGACUUGGAAGGUACGAAGGUCUACACUUCUGGGUUGCAAAAAUUGGGAUUGUUGACUGAAGAUGAGUUAAAAAAGAUUCACAGUGGGCUGGAGGAGAUCAAGAAGGAAUGGGACGAGGACAAGUUUGUUCGUCAUCCUAACGAUGAAGAUAUUCAUACAGCAAAUGAAAGACGCCUUGGUGAGAUUAUUGGCCGUAACAUUGCUGGUAAAGUUCAUACUGGUAGAUCUCGUAACGACCAAUGUGUGACAGAUUUGAGAAUUUACUGCCGUGAUCUGUUGAACGAUAAGCUUUUCCCAGAUUUGCAAGCUCUAGUUGAUGUCAUGAUCAAGAGAGGUAAGGAAGAGAUCGAUGUUUUAAUGCCAGGUUAUACACAUUUGCAAAGAGCUCAGCCAAUUAGAUGGUCUCACUGGCUAAGUUCGUACGCCACUUAUUUUACCGAGGAUUUCAAGAGGUUGCGUCAAAUAAUGGACAGAAUCAACCAGUCGCCAUUAGGUGCAGGUGCUCUUGCUGGUCACCCUUACGGUAUCGAUAGAGAGUUUUUGGCUGCAGGCUUGGGUUUCGAUGGCGUCAUCGGUAACUCUCUAGUUGCUGUUUCUGACAGAGAUUUCAUCGUUGAACUAAUGUUCUGGGGUACUUUAUUCAUGAACCAUAUUUCUCGUUUCGCUGAGGAUUUGAUCAUUUACUCCACUGCCGAAUUCGGGUUCAUUAAGUUGAAUGAUGCUUACUCUACAGGUUCUUCUCUAAUGCCACAGAAGAAGAACGCUGACUCUUUGGAACUCCUCAGAGGUAAAUCUGGUAGAGUUUUCGGUGACUUGGCUGGGUUUUUGAUGAGUUUGAAGGGUAUCCCAUCCACUUAUGAUAAGGACAUGCAAGAAGAUAAAGAGGCUUUGUUCGACUGUUUAGUUACGGUUGAGCAUUCUAUUUUGAUCGCUACUGGUGUGAUCUCAACACUUUUUGUGCAGAAGGAAAAUAUGGAAAAUGCUCUGACCAUGGAUAUGUUGGCCACUGAUUUAGCAGAUUAUUUGGUCAGAAAGGGUGUUCCAUUUAGAGAGACCCAUCACAUUUCAGGUGAAUGUGUCGCCUUGGCUGAAAACCUGAAAUUGAGCGGUAUUGACAAGCUAACUUUAGAGCAAUACCAAAAGAUUGACUCCAGAUUUGGUCCUGAUCUAUUCGAAACGUUCAACUUUGAACAAAGUGUUGAAAGAAGAGACGCGACUGGUGGUACUGCAAAAUCUGCUGUAUUGAAACAAUUUGAGAACCUAGCCUCUCAAAUACAUACUAUUUAG